AUGUCAAUUUAUUAUCGAAAUGAAGAAAAAUCAAGUGGAUUAUUGCGAGCAGUUCCACAAACUGGAACAUAUUGGGAAGGAGCCAAUGUUCCAUCAGAUGUUCAAAAAUUGUUUGAUGUUUAUAAUUCGAAAGCUCCAUGGAAUAAGAAUUUUCCAUCUCCUCAACCAAAAAUGACGAAUUUCAGAAAAGUUGAGGAAAAGAGAGAAGAUUCUGAAGGUAGUAGUUCGGUAAGAAAUUUAAUUUUUUAGGGACUUUCCCAACAAAAUCUACAAAUCACCAAUUCUUCUUCCAGCAACAACGCUACGAACAAAAUCACAAAAUCCACUAUUCAAAAUUCAACAUCACCAACAAUCGAACCUAUAAACAUCAAACUGAUACUGGAUCAAUGACUGAUUUGUCGGACUUUUCAGUGAGUUUAUUAUUUUUCUUCCCAAAAAAUCCAAUUUCUUCUUUUUUCAGCUCGGUUGUUAUUCGGAUGAAGAUGAACAAGAAACAAAAGAGCGCGAGAUGCGAAAUAAAAUGAAGUUGGAGUUGCGACAAAUUCGUCAAUCUCAAUUUUUCGCCAAACAUAAUUUGUUGAAUAAUGGUUAUGGUGAUAAUAAUUUUGGUCAGAAAUAG